GGCGGGUGCAAGACCGUCACCUCGGUCAGAAAACAAAGACAUCCAGGAAGAGUGGUGCUAUUCCACCGGAGCCCGAAAACCGGGCUGUUUUGAAGUACAGCUCUGCUUUCCACGGAGGCCGACUCUGGACCGACUGUAAAGUCUGUGAUACACCCCUGGGCAAAUGCUAGGGUUUUGGGAUGUCAACAAGAGAAAUCAUUUCAAAACCUUUUCCAACGUUCACGUGCAACGCCAUGUUUUUGCGUGGGGAAGCCAAAACAAACAACUGAGAGACUGUUGCCGGAGUGUGCAUCCUCUCUUUAGCUAUGUGUUCAGAAGGAGCCAAUCCAAUUCAAAGUGAACCAUGUUGAACGGGAGUCAGCACACACCUGCCAUUCAAGGUGCCUCUGAUUGAAGUUCAGCUCUUCUACUUGUCUUUUCCUGGCAUUUUUCCAUUCACGUCGUGCAGCGCAAGCCGUGGUCCCGCGGAGGGCUUCCGCAACGUCACAGGGACCUCGUCGUUCAAAGAUGGCGUCAAACGAUUCGCGCCUCCAACAGCCGCCGUCCCAGAAGGAUGCUGCUGACCAGAACUUUGACUACAUGUUCAAACUUCUGAUCAUCGGCAACAGCAGUGUGGGGAAAACCUCUUUCCUGUUCCGCUACGCAGACGACUCCUUCACCUCAGCCUUCGUCAGCACGGUCGGCAUCGACUUCAAAGUCAAGACGGUCUUCCGCAAUGACAAAAGGAUCAAACUGCAGAUCUGGGACACAGCAGGACAAGAGCGCUAUCGAACCAUCACCACAGCCUACUACAGAGGCGCCAUGGGCUUCCUGCUCAUGUACGACAUCACCAACCAGGAGUCCUUCAACGCCGUUCAGGAUUGGGCUACGCAGAUUAAAACAUACUCGUGGGACAACGCUCAGGUGAUCCUCAUCGGUAACAAGUGCGACCUCGAAGACGACAGGCUCGUGCCCGCAGAAGACGGCCAGCGCCUGGCGGAGGACCUCGGUUUCCAGUUCUUCGAGGCCAGCGCAAAGGACAACAUCAAUGUGAAGCAGGUGUUCGAGCGCCUAGUGGAUGUCAUCUGUGACAAGAUGAACGAGAGCACGGAGGGAGACAUGAGCUUGGCGUCUAACCAGAGGAACCCGAAAGACGCGUCUUCCGAGAGCCGAGGGAACUGUGCUUGCUAAACUGCACGCGCACCCGCACUACUGCUAAUUUACUUCCCUCCGCCUCAACUCUCGGAAUCGCUGCUCCUCUUUCUCUCUGUUCACUGUAGCCACGCGCAACACAAUAGGCCGAAAGCUGAGAUCAUUGCCAUGGACACCAUUAGAGUCCCCCUUUGCUCCUGGCGGCGUCUCCCCGUUUGCGGCCUCGACCGACAGCUCCCGGAAGACUGCCCCCCGUGCUCUGUGCGCCACGACCCGCUGUGCUCAGACAUUGCAGUUCCGACUAAUACUUUGGCGACAUCUGCGCCUGCUUUUGCAAUGCUAAUGUUGCUCAGUUUUCAUUGAAAAUGCUCCAUUAUUGAGGUCGCGUUUGGCAAGAGGACUCAAUUAUGGAGAGUUGCCCAUUUUAGCUCCAUAAGGGAACCCGUGUAUUAGAAACAAAUAACCGUCGAUUUGAUGGAAAUGACAGGAAAGUAGCAAAGUAGUAGACUGUAAGACCUUGUGCGAAGUUUACAUUCUGACAAAAUGUCUGAAAUGGUUCAUCCCUUUUCUAUAUCCUAGGCCAUCUCCUUCUUUUUGGAAAGUCUUCAGACUGACUUGUUUUCUCCAAAUAAAUCAAAAUUUCCA